UUCGUGAUCACGUGAUCCCUCUUCCAUUCUCGCCAUUUUGCAGUGUGAAAGACAGAGGCCACACUGGAUCAUAAGCACAGUUUUUUAUGUGUUGAGGCCAAAGAUCAUUGAGAUUUUCCCGAUCAGUAUGGAGGAGAGCAGUGGUGUGGCUGUCCUAGUCCCCCACUCUGCUCCCCAGGACUCUGUCUUCAUACCAGGUGCUGAGGCAGCCUCAGCUCCACCUUCCUCCACCCUCCCUGGGGAGCCUAGGCCCCAUGGAGAGGCUGGGGAGGAGGAGGACAGUCAGAGCCUGCAGCACAGACAGGCAGCAGACUCUCUUAUCCAGGUCAUCGAAAAACUUAGCAAGAUCGUGGAGAAGAGGCCCCAGAGGCGAUGUUCGCUGUCUGGCCAGAAGAGGGCACUGCUGGGCUGUGCCUCCUCCAGGGGAGCGGCCGACAGCAGGGAGGGCAGCGGAGGAGCCUCCCCGUGUAAGAAGCCCAGGGAGGGUGACGAGGUCGGGGUGGCAGGAGAGCGGACCCAGGUGGACCCCAGCAGCGGCAGCCGGACGGUGACGUGUUACCAGUGCAGCCUGUGUCGCUUCCUGUCCCCCACCCUGGCCCAGCUGAGGGAGCACCUCUGCCAGCACAACGAGCAGCACAGCGAGCUCAUCCUCAUGUGCUCCGAGUGCCGUUUCACCUCCCGCCACCAGGACGAGCUGGAGCGCCACGUGCGGCUGCACUUCGACGGCGACGCCGAGGAGUCGUGCGGCCCGCGGCCCGGCGCCGAGCAGGAGCAGGUGGGGGCGGGCGGCGGCGGCGGCAUCGGGGCCGACGCCUCAAAGUCGUCGGCGGACUGCGCCGAGGAGAGCCCGGCCGGUAAGAAGUGGUACAGCCACGAGGAGUACGGCACGUACCGCUGCCUCAUCUGCAGCUACGUGUGCGGCCAGCAGAGGAUGCUCAAGACCCACGCCUGGAAGCACGCCGGCCUGGUCGACUGCUCCUACCCCAUCUUCGAGGACGAGGCGGCCGCUCCCUGCAGACGCGAGGCCCCCUUCUCCCCGGUCCCGGUGCCCCCUGUGACGGAGGGAGAAUCCCUGGUGGUCCUCGCCCCCUUCCCCGAGAACCCCCCAGCCCUGCGGAACAUCCACAACAUGGGGCUCUGUGGCCCCACGGUGAAGGAAGACACGAAGCAGGGGAGCAGCAGCAGGCCGCAGCCAAUAGGAGAGGAGAGCUCGGCGGAAGAGGCGUACCCCUCCAAAGAUCCGCCCGGUGAGGUGCCGAUGGUGGAGGUGCGGGUGACCGCGGAAACGACGGGCGACAGUUGUCGCGGUAACACGGCGGCUGACAGCCUCCUGUCGUCGGCCCAGAAGAUCAUCAGCUGCAGCCAGAACACGGCGGGGCACGUCAAUGUGAUCGUGGAGCGCCUGCCCUGCGCAGAGGAACCUGUCGCCACCAAGCCCCUCCUCCUCGCCCCGGGAGUGGACGUGGACGAGAGCCUAUUGGCUGGAAUCAAAGUCGAGGAAGAGGAGGAGAACCCGCCGACCCAGCCUCAGCCAUUACCGGUUCACAAAGAGGAUCUGUCAGAGGUGGUGAUUGGCUGGGGCUGCGGUGACAGACAGUUGGUGGGGGUCCCACCUCCCGCCCCCAGCGAGCCCCCCCCAGAUGAGAACAUCCCCCCAGCCAGGACGAGGACCCACUCUGAGUCCCUCAGGCUGCACUCUCUGGCUGCAGAGGCCCUGGUGGCCAUGCCCAUGAGGACCCCGGAGCUCCACAAGCCCAGCCUCAAGACCCUGGACGGAGGCCAGAGGCUCCUGGAUGAGGCCCCGGCUGCAGACUCCUCAGCUGCAGACCUCAGAUCCUCCGAGGGGGUGGAUGUGCUGCAGAGCCAGGCCAGGGAGCGGGGGCUGGGGCCGGGGGAGGGGCUGGGGGAGGACGCAGGGCUGGGGGAGGAGGAGGAGGGCCCAGCCAAGGCCGGCAUCAGCGUGUCUCUGCUGACCGUUAUCGAGAGACUCCGGGAGCGCUCGGACCAGAACGCGUCCGACGAGGACAUCCUGAGAGAGCUCCAGGACAACGCCCAGGGCCGGGCCGCGCCGGGGGGGGGAGACGGCGGGGCGAGGGCCUGCGGUGGAGCCGCGGAGAGCCCCGCGCCCGACGGGGGCCUGGUGGAUUACCUGCCCGGCAGCGAACGGCCAUACCGCUGCCGCCUAUGUCUGUACAGCAGCGGCAACAAGGGCUACGUGAAGCAGCACCUGCGCGUGCACCGCCAGCGACAGCCCUACCAGUGUCCCAUCUGUGAGCACGUCUCCCUGGACAGCAAGGACCUGGAGACCCACAUGAUCCACCACUGCAAGAGCAGGCUGUACGAGUGCAGACACUGCCCGCACACCUUCCACUACAAAAGCCAGCUGAGAAGCCACGAACGAGAGCAACACAGCGUCGGGGACACUGCGGCAACACUCACCCUGGUAACGGAAACCACGGCAACAAUUGAGGAGUCGGAGAGGACGACAGACGAGGAUUCCGUCCGGGUGCAAAAGGUGUACAAGUGUGACGUGUGUGACUACACCAGCUCCACCUACGUGGGAGUCAGGAACCACCGCAGGAUCCACAACUCGGACAAGCCUUACAGGUGCUGCAGCUGUGACUUUGCUACGACCAACAUGAACAGUCUGAAGAGCCACAUGAGGCGCCAUCCCCAGGAACACCAGGCAGUGCAGCUGCUGGAGCAGUACAGGUGUUCGUUGUGUGGGUAUGUGUGCAGCCACCCUCCCUCCCUCAAGUCCCACAUGUGGAAGCACGCUGGAGACCAGAACUAUAACUACGAGCAGGUGAACAAGGCUAUCAACGAGGCCAUCACCCAGAGCAGCCGCUCCCCAGCGGUCCCCCAGAAACCUCCCAUACCCGACCCCAUGGCGGAGCGAGCCAUCCUGCUGCAUGCUGGGAAGGACAGGGAGAAAGACAAGGAGAGGGUGUCAGCGGAGCCAGGCCCCCCGGCCACGGUAUUCCAGGUGGACGGGCUGGAGGCCGAGACCCCGGGGGCCACAACCACCCUGGACCCCCUCCAGGUGACCCCCAGAGAACAGUCCGGUGACCACCCCAGCCAUCCAGGGAGAGAGGGGGCCCCCCAGGCCCGGCCCGGCGCUGGUCCUGGGAUGGAGUACUGCGUGCUCCUCUUCUGCUGUUGCAUCUGCGGCUUCGAAUCCACCAGCAAGGAGAGGCUGAUGGAACACAUGAAGGUCCACGAGGGAGACAUCAUCAGCAUCAUCCUCAACAAGGAGCACCAGCAGAGCACAGCCCAGCCUGUAGAGGGCAGCACUGCCCAGUGAGGCCCCAGCCUGUAGAGGGCAGCACUGCCCAGUGAGGCAGCCUUGAUCAGCUGCACCGGGCUGCUGACGAGACCCAGAGAUACACUGGCCUCAGAUCAGUAAUGGGGCUCUGCCGGUAGCGGUACAGGUGAUGUUGUUUGGAGUACAACAGAUCCUGGAUCUGUCCAACAGACCGUCUUAUCAAGUGGCAGGCAGGGGGAACACUUGUGCAUCUUUGGUCUCUUGCUAUGAGUUGCAGGUGGAAGCGAGGUUCUAAGGACUGUCGCUGAAUCCAAACUCCCAAACCAACAACCUCCCAAGGGAAAACCUGAUGUCCAAGACAUUGCAUUAACACUCACCUCGUACCUGAUUCAAACACCCAGAAUACCUCAACCACCACAACCAUACAUUUCAAACCCAUAGGAACAGAACCGUUUUUAUUUUAAUAAUUUAAUCAGAUUACAUUAAGGCAGCUUUUUACUUGUAUUCAGAUACUGUAACGUUAUUUAAUCUAUUUAAUCCUUUACAAAAAUAUAAGCUUAGGAUCCACUCAUGGUGGCAGUUCUUCUAGUUGCCAACUACAUGCUAGUUGUGGGCGUCACAGUUUGAAUAUAACUUCCUGUUUAUCUCUAAAUGCAUGGAGAACUUUCCGUUAUGUGCCGGCAAAGGAGAAAAUCCUUUUUUAGAUUUAUAUAUAUAUAUACAUUAUUUGUAUCUUAUUUAUCGUAAAUUUGACCGCUGAGAUAGACAUUGAUGCUGCAUACGAGGUUGAGGUGGCCUUGAGUCACCCAGCUAUGGCGGCAUAACUACUCUAAAGGGAUUAGAUCUAAUCAACAACGGGGCAUUGAUGUUGCUGUUCCAGACCAGCUGUCUAUAGACGGUCUGUUAUUUCUUGAUGAAUCAUCCGAGCGAGGCAUGCCAUUAGUUAUGAUAGCGCUAUCAUAUUUCAUGUGUUUUGUUUUGAUACUCUACAGUAACCACCUGGUCCGUCACAUGCAGUUUCCAUUGUCACCUCCUCGUGACUCGUGGUGUGUGUAGCGUCCCCUGCCAGUGCCAAGCCUGGGGACGGCGAUGCUACUCUUACAGUCUCGAAGCUUAGACUGAGAUACUCUGCUGUAUCUUUCAUCAGUGCUUUAUUGACCAAUGGCUGAAAUGAUCGAACUUGAAAAACUUCUACAAAGGCUGGAUGAACUAGUAGUGCAACGAGCACGCGCGUGUGUGUGUGGUUACUCACCGACCUCCACCUCCUGCCCUAACACGUUUCCCUUCUUCCUCUCGUGGCCCCUCCAUGCUACCUUUCAUUGGUAUUCUGAGCGCUUACCUGGCCCCAGUCCUCUGCAUGCCAACCCAGGGUUUUGAUGUUGAUGGAGUACGAGUAGAACAUUAUGAUAAAAAGGAAGAUAUCCAUAAUGCAUCGCCUAAUUCUGGAUUGUGUUUGUGUAGCUCAAUGUAUCAAAGAAAUGAAAUCUAUAUCUCUGGCUGAAGCUCAUUAUCAUGGCAGAUUAUUAUUGCAUCUCGUUCAUUUACAAUUCAAAGUGUGUGUGUGUGUCAUGGAGACAGUGACACGGUGUGCAUUUGAACCUCUCCUUGCCUCCAUUAACAUAACAUGCAUUUUAAUGCCACAUACUCAGAAUUAAAACGAGUUGCAUCCAAGACGUAAGUUCUCGGCUCCCUAGCUCUCAGACGAUUGUUAAUCAGAGGUUAGAACAUGGCACCAGUGUUUGGCCACCCUGGCACACACUGUUCUGGAAACAUCCAGCCUGGUCCAUAAGAUGGACCACUGCACUUAGGAGAACUCACAAGAUUAGCCUGAAAGGACAGAGCGUUCAACCUGGUCCACUUCCCAACCUCGGUGGUAGCUCCGGGCAACGUACUAACACCACAUGACAGAUUUGAUUUAGGUCACUGAUCUCUACCAAUACAGCAGGGUUAUCAUUGUGUAGGUGGAUGAAGGGAUUAGAACCAUUGAUCACAGAGCCCCUGAAGGUGCCAUUACCUGCGAUGGAGAAGCAUCCAUCUGCGUGUAGCCUGGAGAACCAGAGCUGUCGAAAGCAAGAGAACGUUUUGUUUUAGUUAGCUGCUCCUUUUGUUGUCGGCAUCUGAUCUUUUGUGCCUUUGUUUCUCCACUUGACACCAGUGAGAGCUUUCUGCAGGCAUUGACUGUGUUCUCGCUUUGCCUUCACAGCAUGUAUGUGGUCUGUAUGUGCUGUAUGUCCUGGCAUGUAUACCAUGUGUGUAUGUCCGUCUGCCUGUGUUCAGUACUGUUUGACCACCGCUGGUUUAGAAUGGCUGCUCAGACUAGACCUUAGCGAGGCGAUGCGUGCUUGUGCCAGCGAGGCUAACAUCUGAGUGACUACCUGCACCAAAUUCCAUCUCCUAUUAGAAUCCACCUCUGUGGGUGUGCUGUGGGCCCUCAUGACGGCACCUCUGUGGGUGUGCUGUGGGCCCUCAUGACAGCACCUCUGUGGGUGUGCUGUGGGCCCUCAUGACAGCACCUCUGUGGGUGUGCUGUGGGCCCUCAUGACGGCACCUCUGUGGGUGUGCUGUGGGCCCUCAUGACGGCACCUCUGUGGGUGUGCUGUGGGCCCUCAUGACAGCACCUCUGUGGGUGUGCUGUGGGCCCUCAUGACAGCAUUGUUGACUUGUUUUCCUGAUGUCGCUGGCAGAAGCAUGUGGCGCAGGUGUUGGGCACACAGAGGUUCAUUCCAUUGAGAUCUUAGGGGCCUUAUUCAAUCAAACCCUGAAUACAGCCUCUUCAUUCUGUAACACCCUCCCGCCCCCCCCCCCAUCACCCCUUAGUUCUGAAUUAUACCCAAACACACGGUACUGUAACAUGGGUAUAUGUGUAUAUAUUUACUGUAGUUGAAAUACUGUAUUAUUGAACAACUGACAUUUUUAAAGAAUAAUCUAUUUUUAAAUAUCUUACAAUAAGAAAUAAAUGUACUUUGUAGUUCAAAUGUUUGAAUACAAUUGGAAAACUGGUAGUAAUGUAUUUGAGGGAACUGUAAGGGUCUUAUGAGCUGCAUUCAGCUACAUGCAUUUAACGCCAAAGGAGUCUGGGAACUGGAUUGUUCUCUGAGUUGGUGCUGAUCAGAUCUGUUAUCCGUUAUCGUUGCCACAGUUCUGUUUAGGAUGAUCAGUACCUUGGAGGGAUUCUUUCCUUGUCCUAUUUAUUUUGAGCUUAAUAGACAGUAUUAUGUCACAACUUUUCUGAUGUAUUUUUGGGUAAUAAAGACUGAGAAUAUAAA